CUGCCAAUCCCUUUUAUCACCUGUUUUGAAUGUCACUUUUGACACGUUGUUGAUGAGGUCCUUUUCACUUUUUCCUUGCUUUUGUUCGUUUAAUAUGUGAUAAUAAUGGCAAGUGUUGAUGAUGAUAACGGGUGGGUCGCCGAUCUGGAAAAUGCCUUACUGGAGGAAUGUUCCGUUGCUGAUAUUUACUGUAUUUGCAAAGGCAAACCCCUACCAGACAAUUUAAGGGCUGAAGUCUGGCAGUUAUGCCUCGAUGUAAGAGACAAGGGAAACCAACUCGAUCAUUUUAAUGAAAUUUAUGAUUUGCCUAACCAAGCGGUGCUACGAGAAGACUGCACGACUUUCGUCUCAAAACUUGGAAACGAUGAAGAGGAUAAAUUAUCGGUUGUGUCCGAUUUAGAAUCAAUUUUAACAUUCUAUUGCAAGAGUCGUAAUUUAUCUUAUGAGAAAAAUAACGGAUGGAUUGAACUUUUGCUUCCUUUGCUAACACUUAAAGUCCCACGUUCAACGACUUAUAACUUGUUUGAGGCAAUCAAAGACACAUAUGUGCCUCAUACUGAUGAUGGCAAUGCUUUUCACAUUUUACGUCUUUUGUUACUUUACCACGAUCCAGAAUUAUGUUCAUUUCUUGACACUAAACGUAUCACACCUGAUAAGUAUUGUCUGUCAUGGUUUCAAUCCCUUUUUGCGGCUACUUGCAAUCUCCAAGUCGUCAUAAAUAUGUGGGACUAUUAUUUCCAACAAUCUGAUCCAUUUUUCAUUUUUUUUCUUUCUUUAAUUAUGGUCAUAAACGCUCGUGAACAGAUUAUUUCAAUGAAAAGUGAGACUAGAGAUGUUAUUAUUUCGAAUUUGGCAAAUAUGCCGUGUGCUCUUGAGGCCGACGAUGUUGGCGAUUUCUGUUCGUUGGCCCAGUAUUAUGCUCUUAAAACACCCGUCAGUUUCCGAACUGAUUUAAUGCAAAAUUUGUAUAAUAAUAACGGAAAAAGUGGGGAAGAAUCAGCUCUAGUGUCUCAAGCUUUAUGUCUUCCAGUCUCCGUAAGCGAAUUAAUAGAAAAUACGUCCCACGAGACUGGAAAUAUCGACGCUGUUAGGUUUUUCCUCGUUGAUUGUCGGCCUGUAGAACAGUACAAUGCUGGUCAUUUACCUACAGCUUUUCAUUUGGACUGCAAUUUGAUGCUUCAAGAACCUAGCGCUUUCACUACAGCAGUCCAAGGCUUACUUUCGGCCCAGAAACAAGCUUUAGCACAUAAUUCGAGUGCUGGUGGUGAACAUUUGUGUUUUUUGGGAUCGGGACGUAACGAGGAGGAUCAAUACACCCAUAUGGUUGUUGCCUCCUUCCUCCAGAAACACACCCAAUAUGUGUCUCUCCUCACAGGAGGUUAUAUCGCACUCCAUCAUUAUUUUUCCGAUAAUGUAGAUGAGUAUCUACAAGACCACAACCCCAAAUUUUGUAUCGUUUGUGGUCCACAUCAUUUACAUCAUCAGCAAGCCGAAACUAGUUUCAAGUCGGGACAAUCGACCACUGAUCUUUUUGGAAAAAUUUCAGCUGCGAUGAAGUCCAAAUCGGCAGAAGUUAAAGAGAAACUUAUCGAUUAUAUCGUUAAUCCUAAUAAUAGUCCUGUGCAAGAGAGACAUGUCAGCAGUAGUGAUAAAAUCGACGGGAAAAGAUAUAGAAACGUUGCACCGGUUUUUAGUAUAGAUGAUGAUCAUGAUAGUGUCACAAAUAUAGAAAAUGUCGAUGAAGAAGAUAGUCGAGAAUUGGUCCAAAUUCAAUCAUGGCUGAAACAUCCUGAAGUCAUUGAACAUUUUCCAUGUCAGGAGGUGAAAAUCAAUGGAUUCAUGUAUAAAAGUCACUUGAUUGUGACCAAUAAUGAGCUUAUAGUACUUAGAGAAAUGCCCGAUAGAAAAGGCAUUGCUGAAGUUAUUGUGAAACGACCCUUGUCGGCAAUUGUUAAAAUAACUGCGAGAAAACGUCAUCCAGAACUUAUCACCUUCAAAUAUGGGGUACCUGAUGGUGAGAAUUUAAUUAUAUCUGACAUGGAUCGAUUUCUUAUACCAAAUGCCGAUAAGGCUACAAAAGUUGUUUCUGAACAGAUUUUAAAACAGUUGAAAACUAAAGAGUAAUUUUCUAAUAAUUUAUAAUAGUUACAGAGUUAUUGUAGAUAUUUUAUUUGUAAAAAAACAAAUCGUUUGUCUUUGUUUCUUAUCCAAAUAAAAUAAUGCUUAAGCGAA